CGCGCUCCGCCGGCACCCCCAGGUGCCCGGCGCUCCCGGAGCUGGGCGGGGCGGGGCGCGGCGCGGUCCUCGUGACCCGGCGGACGCCUCCGGGACCUCGCCCCUCCCUCCGCUGCGCGCCCUGCGCCCUGCCUGGCCCGUAUCUGCCCUCCUGGCCUCAAGGCACCGCGACCCGACGCCCGGCCCGUCGCCUUGCUCUCCCUAGCAGGACCGCAGAGGGCAACCCCGGGGUCCGGGCCAGGCCGACACGCCCCCGGAAAGGAGUCGGUGUGACCCUGACGAGAAGCAGAGAUGGGGAAAAAACUGGAUCUUUCCACGCUCACGGAUGAAGAGGCCAAGCACGUCUGGGAAGUGGUUCAACGGGACUUUGACCUUCGAAGGAAAGAAGAGGAGAGACUAGAGGGUUUGAAAGGCAAGAUUAAGAAGGAAAACUGCAAGAGGGAGCUGCUUCCAGACACGGCCCACCUGAGCAACACCCACUGCGCCCGCUGCCUGCAGCCCUACCGGCUCCUCGAGACGCCCAAGAGGCAAUGCCUGGACUGCGGCCUCUUCACCUGCAAAGGCUGCGGCCACACCCCGGAGGAGCAGGGCUGGCUCUGCGACCCCUGCCACCUGGCCAGGCAGGUGAAGAGGGGCUCCCUGGAGUGGUACUACGGGCAUGUGAGAGCCCGCUUCAAGCGCUUCGGGGGUGCCCAGGUAGUCCGGUCCCUCUGCGGGCGGCUGCAGGGAGCAGGUUUACCUGACCGAGCGCAGAGCUCACCUGACGUCAACAGUGGGCCUGAACCAGGCCCCGGGGGGAGAAGUGGAGACAGUGAGAAGACGGAUGAAGACAGAGAACAGGACACAGUGGCCGAGGCCCAGCCCGCUGGAAGCAAAAAGAAGCGCGUCCUCCCCGUUCACGGCUUGGACUUCGAGGCAGACUCUGACGACUCCACUCCGUCCUGCGGGCCCCCCCCAAGCCUGUCCUUGGUCUCAGGGGCUGCGGACAACCUGCAGGCCCUCACAGGUGAGCCCUGCACAGAGGAGACCACCUCCCAGGAGCCCGUGGUCCUGGACGAGGCUGAUGCCAGGGCCUCUGGGUGCCACCCCUGUCCAGAAGGGCAGAUGGCCAGCCUCUCGCCUGCCGGACCAGACGCCCUCGCUGAGCUCUGCCUGCCGGGAGAGUCUUGCACGACGGCCCCGGGGACCACUGCGACACCUGGAACAAAUGUCCUCGGGAAUGAGCAGCUCCCAUCCCGCUAUCUGGCCGACGUGGACACCUCGGAUGAAGAAAGCAUCUGGGCUCACAGGGUGGCCUCUCACCACCCCAGACGGAGAGGCCAGACCUUGUCUGAGAACCAGUGUCCAGCUGGCAGCAAGCCCACAGAUGCCGACAUGGAAGAGGUGGCCCUAAGGAGAAAACUGGAGGACUUGAUCAGCCACGUCAGUGACCAGCGGGCCUCAUCCGAGGAGGAGGGCGAGGGUGACGGGGCGGAGCCGGGCGGCAGCACCCACAUCGAGCCCCUCCCCGGGGCCGCCCAGGAGGUGUGCAUGGCUGCAGGCCAAACGCCCAGCCGGGAGAAGGGGCCCCGGGGCCCCCAGGACCCCGUGCAGCCCAGCAGGACCACAGACAAGGAGCUGUCGCAGCUGGAGGACAGAGUGGCCGCCACGGCCUCUGAGGUGCAGCGGACAGAGAGCGAGGUUUCAGAUAUCGAGUCCAGGAUUGCAGCCUUGCAGGCUGCAGGGCUCACUGUGAGGACCUCGGCAAAGCCCCGGAGGAAAUCCAACCUCCCGGUAUUUCUUCCCCGGCUUGUUGGGAAGUUUGGCCAGAGUCCUAAGGAUCCGAAUGCAGACCCUUCGGAUGAGGUCAAGGUGGUGGCUGCACCCUAUCUUGUGAGGGGAAAGCUCGGUAAUUACCCCAAAAGUCAAGACAAAGAUGAUGACUCCUUCGAUCGGAAAUCCGUGUCCCGCGGAUCCCUGACACAGAGGAACCCCAAUGGCAGGAAGGGAACCGCCAACCACAGCUUUGCGAAACCCGUGAUGACCCACCAGCCCUUAAAGGAGAGGUUCCUCUGAACGGGACAGAGCAGCAGAGUGGUGCCGGGCCUUCUUUCCCUCCACCUCGGCCUUCGUGUCCCUCCACCUGCCCCGCGUUUUCCAACGCACGCAGUCCAGUGGAGGAACGAGAAGAAACCCCAUCCGUGAGCUGACAGCGGUUCUCAGACCGUCAGCUCUUCACCCACAUUCUUUGAUGACCUCCAAGGCCUUCCCUGCCCACUUGCUCUGAUCCAUGAGAAACAUCUAAGCUGAUACGUCUUUCCUUUAGGGAAAUGUGGUUUAAGCUUUUUGAAGGACACAAAGAAGCUCUUGGGGGCUUCCCUGGUGGCGCAGUGGUUGAGAAUCUGCCUGCCAAUGCAGGGGACACGGAUUCGAGCCCUGGUCUGGGAAGAUCCCACAUGCCGCGGAGCAACUGGGCCCGUGAGCCACAACUACUGAGCCUGCGCGU